GAGCAGCACAACUGGAAUCUGCUGCUCCGACACCUCACUGGAGAUCUGAAGUUUCCUUCUGGAUCUUUACAAAACAUCAAACCUCCAAACUCUGCAUCAUGAGACUUUGUUAAAGUUUCCUCUGGGUCGGACUCGUCAGGAACAUGUUGAUGAAAAAGCUUGAAGCCAGGGAGGCCUGUGAUUGGCUGCGAGCGGCCGGCUUCCCUCAGUAUGUGCAACUGUUCAAAGACGGAAGGUUCCCCGUGGACACGGAGUGGGCGGGGCGUGAUCACCGCUUCCUGGACAAGGACGCUCUGGAUUCGCUCUACAGGAGAUUAAACACUUUGAACAAGUGUGUGGAGACGAGGCCGGAGCCACGCAGAUCCAAACGCAGGGGAGUCGACGUUGAGGAGGAGGAUUUUUGCGCCAUCAGUCCGAACUGGACGUGCGACCUUCGCACUCGCCGCUGGCGACGCCUCCACUCGUCUGAGGACGUCCUCCGUGUGACCGCCCCCCCGACUCGAGACUCCUCCCUGAGCGACGCCCACGACGUCUGCUCCAUCCGCAGCGGCAGCAGCACCGACAGCGACGCCCACGACAAGAGUCGCAGACGACCCGUCACCACGACAACCACAUCCGCUGCCACGGACGACCAGGAGACCAGCAGGAGCUCCUCCCCCUGCUCGUCCAGGAACAAGACCCCGCCCCUGGACACGUGGUCCAGCGGACCCCCGUCCCCGGGGGAGAAUCUGGAGACGGACGCCGGCCGCUCGGACAAACCGCCGAGGAAGACGAGCACCGGUCUGCUGAGGAAGAUGGAGAAACUGAGGCCGAGGGGCGGGACCACCGCAGCGCUGCCCCCUGCUGGCGACAGUGAGGACAGGACCUUUAAAUAAAUAACGAUAUUCAUUCCUCCUCUAACUUUACUUCUCCUUCCUCGCCUCAGGCUGAUGAGUCGACCCGACAGCCGGGGGGCGUCGUCCUCGUCUCCUCCCACCAGCUCCAGCAGCCAAUCAGAGAGCAGCAGCACCGUCAGCACCCCCAGCCCCGUGACCCGGGUCCGGAGCAACUGCAAGCGCUCCAACAGCGGCGCCGGGACGGCCUGGAGCGACCAGAACCUCACGGGGACAGAGAGCUUCAGGAACCAGCGGAACGCCGCUGGCGGCGGCGGCCAUGACAGUCUGAUCUUCCACGUCCCUGACGGACACAAACCCGGGACCUUCCCUACCUCCCUCGCCCAUGGACACGCCUCCUCCUGCAGCGUCAUCGACCACACCUCCGUCAACUGGAGGACCGGCAGCUUCCACGGCUACCGGCCGCGGAACGUCAUCCGCCACGGCCCGUCCUCACUGGCCGGCGGCGCCCGGGACUCCUCCCCCCGGGGGGGCCCUAGCCCGCUCGCCAUGCUGGACCACCGGCUGAGUGUCUACGACAACGUGCCCGAUGACCAGCAGGUGGCGCCGAGCGGAGGAAGCAACAGGGACGAAGAACGGAGCGAAGAGUCGGACGUGACUCGUCUCUUGGCGGGCGAAGACGUCUUCUCGGCUCUCGACAGCGUUUUGGAGCGAAUCAACGACCUCCAACAACUCGUCUCCUCGUGGUCAGAAGAUCUAUCAGAGGACGGCUUUCAGAGAGGCUCCUCCUCCUCCUCUUCCUCUUCCUCCUCUUCUUCCUCCUCCUCCUCCUCCUCCUCCUCCUCUUCUUCGUCGUCUUCCUCUUCUCACACCCAGGACUCACCUGUCCACUCCUCCUCAGCCGCCUCCCCCUGCCCGUCCUCCCGGAGCCACAUCCACCUGGAGGUGGGGCAUCCAGAGGAGGAGGAGGAGGAGGAGGAGGAGGAGCAGAGAUGUGAGAAGGUUCUGCUGAACGGAGAAGAACCAGAGACGAGAACCUCACCACCGAGGAGCAGAGUGAGUCGCCGGCUGCACUGGUCCAGCGAGCAGAGCCUGAUGACCUCGCUGACCUCCAGCGGGGGGGUGGAGCACCAGUCCGUCUCCCAGUUCCUCCGGCUGCAGAAACACUCGCUGCUCAAACUCACGGCUCUGAUGGACAAACACUCUCCGAGCAGCAAGCAGGGCUGGAACUGGACGGUUCCCAAACCGCCGAGGAAGAGCAAGGCGUCGGAGGUGAAAGGUCGGCGUGUGUUCGGCGCUCCUCUGCUCGUCAGCGUGCAGCAGACUGGGCAGACGCUUCCUCCCAGUAUCCUCAGAGCGCUGGUCCACCUGAGGAGCAAGUGUCUAGACCAGGUCGGCCUCUUCCGGAAGUCGGGGGUGAAGUCUCGUAUCCAGUUCCUCCGCGAGCUGGUGGAGUCGAACCCGGACGGCGUUUCCUACGACGGUCAGUCGGCCUUCGACGUGGCCGACAUGGUGAAGCAGUAUUUCCGAGACCUUCCUGAACCGAUCUUCACCGGCAAGCUGGUCGAGUCCUUCCUCCACAUCUACCAAUAUUUCCCGAAGGACCAGCAGCUGCUGGCGGCCCAGGCGGCCAUGUUGCUGCUUCCUGACGAGAACAGGGAGGCGCUGAUGACGCUGCUCUUCUUCCUGCGGGACGUGGUGGCGAGCGUGGACGAGAACCAGAUGACCCCGACCAACAUCGCCGUGUGCCUGGCGCCGUCGCUCUUCCACCUGAACAGCGUGAGCAGAGACGCAGCCAGGUCGAGUCACAGGAAGUACCUCCUCGGGCGCCCUGACCAGCGAGACCUGAGCGAGAACCUGGCGGCGACGCAGGCGCUCGCCGACAUGAUCACCGAGGUCCAGAGACUCUUCCAGAUUCCAGAGUUUUGGCCGAGCCGGGGUCAAAGUGCUGCCACAGAGGACUUCCUGUCUGAGGAGGGAGGAGGAGCCUCCGGUCGGAGCGGGGGGGAGGAGGAGAGGAGCAACCAGCUGCAGCUCAUCACCCAGCACCUCCUGGAGGAGGCCAGGGGGAGGAGCCGAGGCUGGGAGAGCCACGCAGCUCCGGAGCAGGUGGAGCUCUCCUUCAAGAAGCUGGACGACGGCUGCCCGCUGUGGAUGUGGCGCGGCUCCGUGGAGGUGGAGGCUCCUCAGAAGGAGCUGCUCCACCGGCUGCUGAGGGAGCAGGAGCUGUGGGAGGGGAACCUGCGUCAGUCCUCCGUCGUCCAGGCGGUGUCCAGAGACACUGAAGUCUACCACUACGUCCUCCAGGGUCAGGGCCUGGUCUCCCGGCCGCCGCAGGAGCAUCUGCUGCUCAGGACGUGGCAGGCGGACCCGUCCUCCGGGCCUCUCUACCUGUCCUCUGUGUCCACCGAGCACCCGGGGGUGCAGCUGGAGGGGAUCCGAGCUCAGGUCCACUCCUGCCUCUUCCUGCUGGAGCCGAGCGGAGCCACCAAGACCCGGCUGACCCACGUCUGCCGGACCGACACCAGGGGGCGCUCUAACGAGUGGCACAGCCGAGUGAGCGGACACCUCCUGGCCGCGGAGCUGCUCGCCAUCAGGGACUCGUUCCGAGGAAACUUCAGGGAAACAAAGAUCUGAGUCAGGACGAGGACGUGGGACGAUUUAAGGAUCUUUGCACUAAUCUGGGUCACGGCGCCCUCUAUAGGUGUUCUGGUUGAACUGCAGCGAAGGUGACCUCAGAGCUUCCCGAUAAUUGAGCUAUUUGUGCGACUGUCACGCUUCAAACUCAAGAUAACGGACAAGGUGUCAAGCUUUUUCAACGAGCGAUGGAUUCAGACCUGACGUCUCGAUGUGGUAAAGAGUUCUUCUGCAGAGAGAGAGGAAAACAUCGGGAUACAGACAGCUAGCGACCAGACGGCUAGCAACCAGACG